AUCUAAAGCAUCGUAACGUUAAAUGUGUUAUUUUUGUGACCACCUGGAAGCGAAGGUGUAUAGUAGUGGUUUGAUUUAAUUAUCGUCUCGAUCAGUUGGUAGAAUUAGGAACAUUUUGAGUUAGUCCUCUUGCACUCCUGCCCGGCCCUGACGUUCGGCGCUUUCACGGCGCCUCGAUAACUUUUAGCUUUACGACCAACAAUACGUUUCACACGCGUCACACACAUUAAUGCAUCAUGGUGCGCAUGAACGUUCUCGCAGAUGCUCUGAAAAGCAUCAACAAUGCUGAGAAGCGUGGGAAACGCCAGGUCCUCAUCAGACCCUGCUCCAAGGUGAUUGUGCGCUUCCUAACCGUCAUGAUGAAGCACGGUUACAUUGGUGAGUUUGAGAUCAUUGACGACCACAGAGCCGGAAAAAUCGUUGUCAAUCUCACAGGAAGACUGAACAAGUGUGGCGUGAUUAGUCCACGUUUUGACCUCCAGCUGAAGGACCUGGAGAAGUGGCAGAACAACCUGCUGCCCUCAAGACAGUUUGGCUACAUUGUGCUGACCACCUCAGCUGGCAUCAUGGACCACGAAGAGGCCAGGAGGAAACACACGGGAGGCAAAAUCCUUGGAUUCUUUUUCUAAAAUGUUAAGAACUGCAAA